UUUCACAAUAAUACUAAUUACGAGCAAUAUUUGUUAACGAUCAUGAAUAUGGUAUCGGAUUUUUAUCACGACAGUUCUAACGGUAAUCAAAUCGACGUCGUUGUCGUACGUAUAAUUUAUUUGGAAAAGGAAAAAGAAGAGGUAACGUUUAAAUUUAUAUUAUAUAUGAAUAUAUUAUAUAUAGAUAUAUAAUGUAAAUUUAUCAUAUAUAUAUAUAUAUUAUUAUUAAUAUAAUUUGUAAUUUCUAUUCGCUCACUUUUUUUGCGAGUGAAUAGAAGCUUUUCUUUCUGUUCUUUGUUUUAUUUAUUAUUUUACUCACUCAAAUCGAAACGAAUCGGAUAAAUUUGACGAAAAGAAACAACAAAAAAUAAAAAGAACGACUAUUUUGAUAUUUUCAUUUCUUACAUUUUUCUUUUUCGAUUACCUAACAACGAUAGAUAGACUUGCUAAUAAGUCCAAUGGCCGAGGAUACCCUGACCAGUUUUUCCAAAUGGGCGGAGAAAAUAAAUCCGAAGGAUCACAAACAUCCUAAUCACUAUGACAUCGCUGUACUCGUGACUAGGUAAAAACGAAUAUAUUUUCUAGAUCAUCCAAUAUUCAUUACGUUAGCUAUCAAAUGAGUCACAUAGAAAUUCAAUAUAUAAACCAGUUCGGAGUACAAAUCGUAUGAUUUCAAGGUAAAAAAAAAGAAAAAAAAAAACAGAAGAAAAAACAGAAAAAAAUAAAUAAUGAUAAUACUGUUGAUUUCUAAUACGUACAUACGUGGUUAUGUGACUCACAAAUACAAUUGGUAUGACAUUUGUUCGGAAGGGACCAAUUGCGACUUGAUGGGUCUUGCUUACGUUGCGGCUGCCUGUGAUCCGCCAAAAGCUUCUUGCAUCAACGAGGAUAGCGGAUUGUUGCUUGGAAUUGUGAUAGCUCACGAAGUCGGUCACGUAAUGGGUUGUUCUCACGACGACGAGAAAAUAAGUGGCUGUACGAGACAAGACAAAGACGGAAGUUUUUUCGUUAUGUCACCCAUGGUCUUCCUUUUCACGAUCAGGUGGUCGACUUGUAGCAGAAGAUUUAUAACAUCCUAUUUGGAGAGCGGCUUAGGAGAUUGUUUGAACGACGAUCCAAGAAGUCCUGGAGCGAAAUAUUCUUAUCCCAAUAUGUUACCAGGCGUUAUGUACGAUGCUGAUUUUCAAUGUCGGAUGGAAUAUCCUGGAUCGAAGGCUUGCACGUCUGGCCAGUUCAACGAUUGUGGCUCUCUUUGGUGUUUGACCAACUCAAGUUGUUAUUCACAUGGAACGCCUAAGGCCGACGGAACGAAGUGCGGCGAGAACAAGUGGUGCAUUCACAAGAACUGCGUGGAUAUGGGUUCCCGACCAAAAGCAGUGAACGGUGGAUGGGGCGCAUGGGGUCCUAUGGGUUCUUGCAGUAGGACUUGCGGUGGUGGCGUUAAAUUUUCGGAAAGGGAAUGCGACAAGCCAGUGCCGGCAAAUGGCGGUAGAUAUUGCAUCGGCGAGAGGAAGAAAUUCAGCAUUUGCAAUACUACGCCCUGUGAUCCAAAGAAACCACCGUUUCGUGCGGUUCAAUGUUCCGCGUACAACGAUAGGAGCGUAUUGACUGACGGACUUCAUACAUGGACACCAUAUUUGACCGAGACCGUGAAUCCAUGUGCACUUUAUUGUAUCAACGAAAAAAAUAGUUUCACCAAACUAUCCCCUACUGCAAACGAUUCAACCCCUUGCAAAGGAGGCACGAACUAUAUGUGCAUUUCAGGAGUUUGUAGGAAAGUAGGUUGCAAUUGGGUCAUCGAUUCGGAUGCAGUUGAGGACAAAUGCGGAAUUUGUAAUGGCGACGGAACGAAAUGCACGGUAACCGAAGGAGAUUUUGACGAGACUGUUGCAAGAGGAGCUUACGUCAAAAUUGUAACGGUGCCGCGUGGUGCACGAAGUAUAAUGAUAAUGGAGAAGAAACCUGCGCAAAAUAUAUUCGCAGUGAAACUACCUAAGGAGAACAAGUAUUGUUUGAAUGCGAACAAUAAAGAGGAGAGGAGUGGCGAUUACUCAUGCGCUGGUACGAUGAUAAUUUACUCCCGUGCGGAGCCGGAUAAGGAGGAGAUCGCGAUGAAGGGUCCGAUCGACCAAGAUGUCGAUCUCGAGUACGUGUUUUUCUAUCCUAAAGUGAAUCCAGGGAUUCACUAUAGUUACUCGACUGGAACUCCAACCAACGUGUCGUCCGUUACACCGAAAUAUAUGUGGGAUUUUGUCGAGUGGUCGGAAUGCAGUGCCAACUGUGGUGGUGGCUCGAUGUUGUCCGAACCAACUUGCGUCGAGGAACACAGUGGGAAAGUUAGUCCAACGUUCUGCGAAGGUAUACCGCAACCAGAAUCGAAAAGCCGAGUAUGCAAUCAGGAGCCCUGUUCUGCAAAGUGGAGAGUAAGUCAGUGGAGCAAGUGUAGCGCGUGUGACGGUAACAAAGGCACGAGGCAUCGUAAAAUUCAAUGCGUGAGAAUGAGUGGUCAACCAGACGAGGAAGCCAUUCAAGCAAAUUUCGAUGCUUGUAAGGGUCGCGUACCACGACAAACGGAGGAUUGUGUUGGUACGAGACCGUGUAAGAAAACAUGCGAGAAGAAAACUCGAGAAUCGAUAAGGAACGAAUUGAUCGAGGAUGACGAGAGGGAUGAAAAUUUAACGGACGAUGAUAAACGUAGAAUGAUCGAUAGAUUUGUGGAUCUUGGUUUGGCACGAUAUCUUGAGAAUAUUCGUGCAGCGACGAAGUUCAUUGGCAAAAAUUACGAUAAAAACGAAUCGAAUGAUUUCCGACGGUUUUUACGAGAUUGGGUGAUGAAUUCUGAAGAGGAGGAGGAGGAGGAGGAGGAAGCAAAGGAGAAGGAAAGGAUUAGAAAAAAGAAGAUCGAAGAUGAGAACAAAAAGAAACGUACUUGUGUGUUACCAGAAGUUGAGAAAAAUUUCACUACACCGAAACCUGGCUCGAUAAUAAAAGAUUCGAUUCCCGUUGAAAAUGUAGUACUGAUGAAUGCACCUUACGAGGAACAAUCGUUAUUAUCCAAUCUAUCGGACAAAGCUUUCCAAGAGUCUGGUGACAUAGUUGGAAUGAGUAUCGAUACUAAACACCUAAAAACUUACAAAGGCGACGAAGCUGUUAAGAUGAUAGAAGAACUCGCUAAUAAAAAAGAACCGAAGAACAAUUUGACCGACGAGAAGUUGGCAUUACAGAAAUCAGAAAAUAAAUCCGAUCUAACGAUAUAACUUCAUUUUUCUUUUCUCAAUAACGUUUGCUGUCCGCUUUUUUCUUUUCUCUCUUUUUUUUUUUUUUUUUUUUUUUUACUUAUCUAUUUAUUUUUAUUUUUAUUACUAUUAUUAAGCUCGUCAUUUAGUACCUGUAGUAUCUAUGAACAUUAGAACAUUAGUAGUAAAUAUUAUUUUAAUAAACGA